UUCAAAAUUGGCUAUUUCUGAAAUUUUCUCCAUAAAUUAAUUAAUUAAGCAAUUUCUACUUCACAGUUUACUCGUCGGAGUUGAAGUCGCCGGCGAUUUGUAAAUCACAAUCAAGCUCAGUUGAAACUUAAAGUUGCAAAAUCAAAGUUAUUUCAUCAUUAAUGGCUUCUUCCGCUGAUUUUAGACUAGCAAUCCUUAGUCGACACAUCACUUCAGCAGCAGCAGCUUCUUCUGCUUCUAAGGCUGGCUCAGAUGGUCAAAAUUUGGGGUGGAUUAAGAUAUCACGGGAGGUAACAGAAGCAUUAAAACAUGGAAGCCCGAUUGUUGCAUUGGAAUCGACUAUAAUAUCUCAUGGAAUGCCGUAUCCUCAGAAUUUCGAGACAGCGAAAGAGUUGGAGGUCAUUGUGAGGGAGAAUGGAGCUGUACCUGCCACAAUCGCUAUUCUGAAUGGCGUACCAUGCAUAGGCUUGACUACAGAAGAACUAGAGAUUCUAGCACGUCUUGGUAGCAAAGCUCGGAAAACUGCUAGUAGAGACAUUGCACUUGUUAUGGCAGGCAGGGAGAAUGGGGCAACUACUGUUUCUGCAACAAUGUAUCUUGCUUCGAAGGUUGGUAUUCCAGUAUUUGUUACUGGAGGUAUUGGAGGAGUACAUAGACAUGGAGAGAACACAAUGGAUAUUUCUUCUGAUCUUACUGAGCUUGGAAAUACUCCUGUGGCUGUGAUCUCGGCUGGUAUAAAAUCGAUACUAGAUAUUCCUCGAACACUUGAAUAUUUGGAAACUCAAAGAGUUACUGUUGCAGCUUAUAAAACCAAUGAGUUCCCUGCUUUCUUCACACAAACCAGUGGCUGCAAGGCUCCUGCUCGAGUAGAAUCACCAGAACAUUGUGCUCGAGUUAUUGAUGCGAACAUAAGACUCGAGCGGAAGAGUGGAAUCUUGAUAGCAGUCCCCAUUCCAAGGGAGCAUUCUGCUUCUGGAAGUUUAAUUGAGUCGGCAAUACAACAAGCUAUCCAAGAAGCACGAGAGAAGAAGAUUACUGGCAAUGCUGAAACUCCGUUCUUGCUAGCAAGAGUCAAUGAACUUACUGGUGGAGCAUCUCUGGCUUCAAACAUUGCUCUCGUGAAAAAUAAUGCGAGGGUUGGUGCUAAAAUUGCUGUUUCGCUUGCCCAGCUUCAAAACCAUAGUGAUAAAAGGUUGUAAUUCUCUUAUAUUCGCGUUCCUUCGUAUCAACUCAGCAGCAAAGUCAGAUGCAAAAGCUCUAGGGCUAUUACUAUAUUCAGUA